GUUUAGCGCAGCCAAGCGACCGGCUGGUGCCAGGGCUCAGCAACAGGGAGGCGCCGGCUGAGGCGGGGAGAACUUUGCGCUCCGAGCAGAACCACCCUUUGCUGGCCAGUCGCGUCGCUCCUCGGAGGAAGCAAGCGGCGGCAGCGACUGGGCGGAAAGAGGACGAAAGGAAGAGAGGAAGUAGCGAGGGAAGUAGAAAAAUGAAGCCUGAGCUGGGGAAGCCCGCGAGGGGAUGGCCCACGGCGGAGCGAGGCGGAUUUGGCUUCUUUUCCGCAUCCCGGCGGUGAGCACCCGCUCCUGCACGACCCCAAGGAAAUCCGUGCGUCUCGCCUUGGUGGGAAAGGAAGAGAAUCCAAGUGAGCUCGUUACUUCCUCGGUCACCGCUGCCCCCUAGGACUCCGGGUGCUUCUCACCCCAGCCUCCCCGCGGGGCCGGACUCAGAGCCGCCCUGCAGAUGGGGCGGGUAAGGAACGGGCGCCCCAGCUGCGGGUGAGCGGCACCGGCCGGCCCGCCCGCCCGCCUGGCUCCGCGCAGGGACUGGGCGGGCAGAGGAUGCGAGGCGCACGGACCCAGGAGCGGGAUCUGAGACCGACGGGGGCGCGCUAGGCUGUCACUUGGAUGGCCCGGGGACCGCUCCUGCUCCCGGGACCGCUUCUCCGCGCCUUGUGAGCUGUGCGCGGGACCUGGGGGCGGGGACCUUAGGCGGCGGCUGCAGGGGGGCCAGCCGGACGCAGGAGGGGGCGCGCUUUCUCCCCGCGGGUCUCAGUAAUGAGGAGACUGAGUUUGUGGUGGCUGCUGAGCAGGGUCUGUCUGCUGCUGCCGCCGCCCUGCGCACUGGUGCUGGCCGGGGUGCCGGGCUCCUCCUCGCACCCGCAGCCCUGCCAGAUCCUCAAGCGCAUCGGACACGCGGUGAGGGUGGGUGCCGUGCACUUGCAACCCUGGACCACGGCCCCCCGCGCGGCCAGCCGCGCUCCGGACAGCAGCCGGGCAGGCGCCCAGCGAGAUGAGCCUGAGCCCGCGACUUGGCGGCCCCCGGCGCCCUCGCCGGGCGCGCGCUGGUUGGGGAGCGCCUUGCAUGGCCGGGGGCCGCCGGGUGUCCGGAAGCCCGGGGAGGGCGCAGGGGCCGAGACCUUGUGGCCUCGGGACGCCCUCCUCUUCGCCGUGGACAACCUGAACCGCGUGGAAGGGCUACUGCCCUACAACCUGUCUUUGGAAGUAGUGAUGGCCAUCGAGGCGGGCCUGGGCGAUCUGCCGCUCUUGCCUUUCUCCUCCCCUAGCUCGCCGUGGAGCAGUGACCCUUUCUCCUUUCUGCAGAGCGUGUGCCACACCGUGGUGGUGCAGGGGGUAUCGGCGCUGCUGGCUUUCCCCCAGAGCCAGGGCGAGAUGAUGGAGCUCGAUUUGGUCAGCUCUGUUCUGCACAUUCCAGUGAUCAGCAUCGUGCGCCGCGAGUUUCCGCGGGAGAGUCAGAAUCCCCUUCACCUACAGCUGAGUUUAGAAAAUUCAUUAAGUUCUGAUGCUGAUGUCACUGUCUCAAUCCUGACCAUGAACAACUGGUACAAUUUUAGCUUGUUGCUGUGCCAGGAAGACUGGAACAUCACCGACUUCCUCCUCCUCACCCAGGAUAACGCCAGGUUCCACCUCGGCUCUGUCAUCAACAUCACCACCAACCUCUCCUCCACCGAGGACCUCCUCAGCUUCCUGCAGGUCCAGCUGGAGAGCAUUAAGAACAGCACGCCCACAGUGGUGAUGUUCGGCUGCCACAUGGACAGUAUCCGGCGGAUUUUCGAGAUUACCACCCAGUUUUGGGUAAUGCCCUCUGAGCUUCGUUGGGUGCUGGGGGACUCACAGAAUGUCGAGGAACUGAGGACAGAAGGUCUUCCCUUAGGGCUCAUCGCUCAUGGGAAAACAACACAGUCGGUCUUUGAGUACUAUGUGCAAGAUGCCAUGGAAUUGGUCGCAAGAGCUGUAGCCUCAGCCACCAUGAUCCAGCCAGAACUUGCUCUCAUUCCCAGCACAAUGAACUGCAUGGAUGUGGAAACUGCAAACCUCACAUCAGGACAAUAUCUGUCAAGGUUUCUAGCCAACACCACUUUCAGAGGCCUCAGUGGUUCCAUCAAAGUAAAAGGUUCCUCUAUAAUCAGCUCAGAAAACAGCUUUUUCAUCUGGAAUCUGCAGCAUGACCCCAUGGGAAAGCCAAUGUGGACCCGCUUGGGCAGCUGGGAGGGGGGAAAGGUUGUCAUGGACUAUGGAAUUUGGCCAGAGCAGGCCCAGAGGCAUAAAACUCACUUCCAAAACCCAAGUAAGCUACACCUGAGAGUGGUUACCCUGGUCGAGCAUCCAUUUGUCUUCACACGGGAGGUAGAUGAUGAAGGCUUGUGCCCUGCUGGCCAACUCUGCCUCGACCCCAUGACUAACGACUCUUCCAUAUUGGACAGCCUUUUUAGUAGCCUCCAUAGCAGUAAUGAUACAGUAUCCAUCAAACUCAAGAAGUGCUGCUAUGGAUAUUGCGUUGAUCUGCUGGAAAAGCUAGCAGAAGACAUGAACUUUGACUUUGACCUCUAUAUCGUUGGAGAUGGAAAAUAUGGAGCCUGGAAAAAUGGUCACUGGACUGGACUAGUGGGUGAUCUCCUGAGUGGUUCAGCCCACAUGGCAGUCACUUCCUUCAGCAUCAAUACUGCACGAAGUCAGGUGAUAGACUUCACCAGUCCUUUCUUCUCCACCAGCUUGGGCAUCUUAGUGAGGACCCGAGACACAGCAGCUCCCAUAGGAGCCUUCAUGUGGCCACUGCACUGGACGUUGUGGCUAGGGAUUUUUGUGGCUCUGCACAUCACUGCCAUCUUCCUCACCCUAUAUGAAUGGAAGAGCCCCUUUGGUAUGACUCCCAAGGGGCGGAAUAGGAGUAAAGUCUUCUCUUUCUCUUCAGCCUUGAAUGUCUGCUAUGCCCUCUUGUUUGGUAGAACAGCAGCCAUCAAAACCCCAAAAUGCUGGACUGGAAGGUUUCUCAUGAACCUUUGGGCCAUUUUCUGUAUGUUUUGCCUUUCUACAUACACGGCAAACUUGGCUGCUGUCAUGGUAGGUGAGAAGAUCUAUGAAGAGCUUUCCGGGAUACAUGACCCUAAGCUCCAUCAUCCAUCCCAGGGCUUCCGCUUUGGAACUGUCCGGGAAAGCAGUGCUGAAGAUUAUGUGAGGCAAAGCUUCCCCGAGAUGCAUGAGUAUAUGAGAAGGUACAAUGUACCAGCCACCCCCGAUGGAGUGGGAUAUCUGAAGAAUGAUCCAGAGAAACUAGACGCCUUCAUCAUGGACAAAGCCCUCCUGGAUUAUGAAGUGUCAAUAGAUGCUGACUGCAAACUUCUUACGGUGGGGAAGCCAUUUGCCAUCGAAGGAUAUGGCAUCGGGCUCCCACCCAACUCUCCACUGACCUCCAACAUAUCUGAGCUGAUCAGUCAAUACAAGUCCCACGGGUUUAUGGAUGUGCUGCACGACAAGUGGUACAAGGUGGUUCCCUGUGGCAAGAGGAGUUUUGCUGUCACCGAGACUUUGCAGAUGGGCAUCAAGCACUUCUCUGGGCUCUUCGUGCUGCUCUGCGCCGGGUUGGGUCUGUCCAUCUUGACAGCCAUUGGUGAGCACAUUGUGUACAGGCUGCUGCUACCACGAAUCAAGAACAAGUCGAGGCUGCAGUACUGGCUCCACACCAGUCAGAGAUUACACAGAGCGCUAAACACGUCAUUCGUAGAGGAAAAGCAGCCGCGUUUCAAGACUAAACGUGUGGAUAAGAGGUGCAAGGAGGGACCCCGUCAGCUCUCCGUGUGGAAUACUUCCCAUCAGAGUCACGACAUCCCGCGAAAAUACAUCUUCAGUGAGGAGGGAGGACGAAACCAGCCGGUCCUGGGGGCCCCCCAGGACAUCCCUCUCCCUCCCCGGAGGAGAGAGCUCCCCGCCUCGCUGACCACCAACGGGAAGGCGGACUCCCUGCAGGGAGCACGGACCUCGGUGAUGCAGGAGCUGGUGGAGCUGGAGAAGCAGAUCCAGGUGAUCCGGCAGGAGCUGCAGCUGGCAGUGAGCAGGAAAGCGGAGCUGGAGGAGUACCAGAGGGGGCGCCGGACUCGUGAGUCCUAGGUGGCCACGCUGCGCCCCCUCGGCCCCUGGCCUUCCUCGGAGCCCUGGGGACACCUUGGGAUGCUCUUUUGUAACCACUGACGAAGGUAUGGGGAGCUGAGGUCUGGGUCUUAGAGGUCAAGUCCGCCCCGUCCGUCGGGCAGCAGCUCUUCCCACACUCACCCUCAAGGUGUCCAGGGUAACGGCCUCCCAGGGCAGGAAUCCUACACUGGUCAGGAGGGAGCUCGGGGCCAGGGAUCUGCGACUAACAGACAACCCCAGCUCCGUUAGCCUCCCACCAGGUGCCACAGGACGACUUCUGGUUUCCAGCCCUUUCUCUGCACUGACAACAAGGGAUACAAAAUUGUUACUCAUUCCCUUGUCUUACUGGGUUGUUGGUUUUAUUCUCAGUAUAGAACAGGGUUGCCAGGAUUGUGGUUUUGACACAACUCCCCAAACUAGAUUUGUUCCUGCAUUGUGAAUGGGGCACAGGGUCAGAGCUAGAGAAGCUGAGGACGGGGAAGUGGGUGUUUCCAGACAUUGGCUGAACUCAUCCGUAUCGCGGCUGGCCCAGGCUUGAUUAGAUCCCGUAGAGCCUCAUUUCUCAGAAGGCCCCAGCUCUCUGACACCAUCCAGACAUUUAGUAGGAAUAUGUUUACCUGCCGUUGAGAACGGGGACAGGGAUGGGGUGAGCGGGGACAGAGGACAGGCCAAAGAGGCGUUAAAAAUAGACGCCGUGCUUUUAGAACAAAAGCUCUGGGCCAGAAAAGCUAUUUGGCUGAGAAAUGAUCAGGACUACGCUUGCAACCCAGCUGAGCAUCUCCACGGCAGCGCGUGCCUUCUGUAAAGGAGAGAGAGAA